CAAGUCAAUGUUAUCAAAAUUACGUUGUGAAAAAGAAGCUAAUUUCAAGAUGAAUUGUUACACAAGUCUGAGAAAAAAACGUGAAGAAUUUAAAAAUACAUUGUUGUAUACGAUGGAGCAGUUGGAAUUCGUCAAUGAACAAGGUACUUCAACAAGCGAAAAUGUUGAUGGUGAAGAAGAAGAUUUGUUGAGGUACUACUUCUAUAUAACACAAGGCAUUGAUGAUGAACAUGUUGCUCCAAUUGAAUCUGUUUUAUUGAAAAACAUACUAAACCUGGUGCCAAAAAAAUUAAAGACACGUUUUAAAAAAACACUGGAGAUUGUUGUUGAUGAUGCUAAAAAAGAUUAUUCUGCAAGUUUAAAAAAAUCAAUUGUAGAUUUUGUUCUCCAAGAUCCAACACAAGACAACAUCAGCAUAAACAAUCAAAAGCUAUCAAGCAUCAAUGAACAACAUGAGACAAUAAAUUUACCUCAAAAUUAUCGUACGAAAUACAAAAAGACAACUAACAAGCUACGUAAAAAUUUAUUUCUAUAUCAUCCAUGUAUGAGAAAAGCUUUAAAUUUAGGAUUUCAAGAAUUUGGAACACUCAGAUUGAUUGACAAAAAAGAAUUGGAAUCACGAGAUAAACCUUAUAAUCUCACAAAUUUUCAAGAAAUAAUUAAAAAAAUGAUUGAAAAAGCAAUAACAAUUAUUUGCAAUGAUUGGCUUUCAAAAUUAGAAAAUAUAUUUAUUUAUAAUAAUUUAAAGGGUCAAAAAAAAGCCAUGUUACCAAGUGAAACUGAUGAAUCACAUUUUUCAAGAUUUUUUAAUUGUCUUGCUAUUGUUAUGGAGAGUCAUUUGCGAUAUAUUUGUUUACAAUCAAUUGAAGAAUUUAAAGAUUUUCUUUCAAGCCUUGCUUACAUGAGAUGUAGUUUUGAUGUAAACUUGGUUGUAAGAAGCAAGACAAUUGGAUUCGAGCCAUCAUUCAAGACCUUCACCGACACACUUGUUACUCUUCUAGAUUCACUUUACAAAGCAAUAUCUGGAUAUCCUCGUGUUGAAUUAAAAAUAUAUGAAAACAUACCAGCUAAUAUGAAUAAGCACUUGAAGCCAGUGAUUCUUGAUGAAAUAUUGGAUAAAUAUAAAAAUGAAAUUAUUGAAUUAAUUCAAGAACACAGAAUUGGACCAGAAUUACAAGUUCAAAAUUUUGAUAAAUAUAUUACAUUAAUUAAUGAAACUGAUGAAGAGUUUGUUAAUAAUUUUUUAACAUCAGAUCCACCAAAAUCAUUCAUUGAAUAUUCAGAGCUCAUUAAAAAAUAUGACAAUCUUUCAAAAAAUAUUCCAAUUGAAUUUGAUAGAACAUUUUUUUCUGGUAUAUUUGAUGUUCAUCGAGAUGACAUGAUGGAUUACAUGGCAAGAACAGCCAAUAUGUUGAAGGAAAAUCUUGUUGAUAAAAUGGUUGAAGACUAUCAAUUGAAAUCUAGGACUAUUGGUGAAGAUUACGAACAUAUAGCUGACAGAGCACUUGGUAUUCCUGAAAAUACAAAAGAAUUAAUGGAGUUGAAAGCAUUUGUUGCCAAAGCUGAGACUGAAAUGGUUAUUGAUUUAGAAAAUCGACUCAAAGAAAUUAUCAAAUAUGUACAAUUUCUUUCUGAUUUUACUCUACUUACUCCAGUUGAAUUAAAGACAAAUAAUUUUGCUUUUCAAUGGUAUCAUCGUAUGCAUCAAAUAUUUGAAAAACAUCGUAAAAUAAUUGAAUCAAAAACUGGUGAAUAUCAAGAAACUUUAUUAAUAAGAAUUGAAAAAUUUAAAGAAAAUUUAAAAUUAUGGGAAACAUAUUGUGAUGAAAUGCAAUAUUGGGGUGAUGUAAAUGAAAUACAUCGUUAUAAAAAAAAAGCAACAAAAUUAGAAAAGCGUUUAAUAAAUGCCAUGGAUACAAUUGAUGAAUUUAAUAAAGAAGAAGAAAUGUUUGGUUGGGAAAUAUCACAAUAUCCAUUGAGAAAAGAAAUAUCUGAUAAAUUAUCACCGUAUAAAAAAUUUUAUGAUAUUGCUUGUGAGUUUAUAACACAACACAACACAUGGAUGGAUUCAAUGAUUGGUUCUUUUGAUCCUGAAAUAAUUGAAAAUGAUUCAGGCACAGCAUACAGAACAGUAUUAAAAUUAGAAAAAAUAUUUCAAGAACCAACAGUACGUAAACUUGCUGAAACAGUUCGUUUACAAAUUGAAGAAUUUCGUGAACACAUGCCAUUGAUAUGUAAUUUAGGAAAUCCUGGUAUGAAAAAUCGCCACUGGACUCAAGUAUCUGAAAUUGUUGGUUUUCCAAUAAAGGUUGAUGAAAACAUGACACUUGCAAAAGUCAUUGAUUUUGGAUUAGAUGAUUAUGUUGGUAAAUUUGAAUCAAUAUCUGAGGCAGCAACAAAAGAAAGUAAUCUUGAAAAAGCAUUAUUAAAAAUGCAUGAAGAUUGGACAAAUGUUGAAUUUACAGUUAAUCAAUAUCGUGAUACUGGAACAUGUGUUAUUGCUAGUGUUGAUGAAAUACAAUUACAACUUGAUGAUCAUUUAACAAAAGCUCAAACAAUGAAAAAUUCAUUGUAUAUUAAACCAUUUGAAAAAGAAACACUUGAAUGGGAAAGUAAACUUUAUUUACUUCAAGAUAUUAUGGAUUAUUGGCUUAAAGUACAAUCAACAUGGAUGUAUUUAGAGCCAAUAUUUUCAUCACCCGAUAUACAACAACAAAUGCCAGAAGAGGGUCGUCGUUUUAGUGCUGUUGAUAAAAUUUGGCGUGAUAUUAUGAAUUCGGUUAUUCAAGAUCCAAAAGUUAUGGCAGUUGUUGAAAUUGAUAAAAUGUUAGAUCGUUUAAAAAAAUGUACAGUAUUAUUGGAUCUCAUACAAAAAGGUUUAAAUGAUUAUUUAGAAAAAAAAAGAUUAUAUUUUCCAAGAUUUUUCUUUCUAUCAAAUGAUGAAUUAUUAGAAAUUUUAUCUGAAACAAAAGAUCCAACACGUGUACAGCCACAUUUAAAAAAAUGUUUUGAAGGUAUUGCAAAGUUAUCAUUUACUGAAACAAUGGAAGUCACAGCAAUGGAAUCAUCAGAAGGUGAACUUGUUGUACUAGAAGAUAUUAUAAAUACAGAAAUGGCACGUGGACAAGUAGAAAAAUGGCUAGUUGAACUUGAAACUGGAAUGAAAAAAUCAAUUAGAUCACAAGUUAUUUUAGCUAAAGAUUCAUAUGUAAUUAAAAAAAGAAAUGAAUGGGUACUUGAAUGGCCUGGGCAAACAAUUUUAUGUAUCAGUCAAUUAUACUGGACAACAGAUGUCACAGCAACACUACCAAAUGGUCUAGAUGAAUUGAAAAAUUACAUUGACAUUUGUAAUGAAGAAUUAAAUAAUAUAAUAAUUUUAGUAAGAGGAAAAUUAUCAAUUCAAAAUCGUACAACACUUGAGGCACUUGUUACACUUGAUGUACACUCAAGAGAUGUACUUGUUGAUCUAUUAGAUAAAAAAGUAACAAACAUUGAAGAUUUUAAAUGGUUGUGUCAAUUACGUUACUAUUGGAUUGAUGAUAAUUUAAUAACAAUGAUGAUAAAUUCAUCAUUAAAAUAUGGCUAUGAAUAUCUUGGUAAUUCAUCAAGAUUAGUUAUAACAUCAUUGACUGAUAGAUGUUAUAGAACUUUAUUUGGUGCACUUGCACUUCAUCUUGGUGGUGCACCAGAAGGACCAGCUGGUACUGGAAAAACUGAAACAACAAAAGAUCUUGCAAAAGCAAUUGCAAAACAAUGUGUUGUAUUUAAUUGUUCAGAUGGUCUUGAUUAUAUUGCAUUGGGUAAAUUUUUUAAGGGACUUGCUGCAUCUGGUGCAUGGUCUUGUUUUGAUGAAUUUAAUAGAAUUGAUCUUGAAGUAUUAUCAGUUGUUGCACAACAAAUAUUAACAAUACAACGUGCAAUUAAUUGUGGACAAAAUACAAUGUUAUUUGAAGGUACAGAAAUUAAUUUAGAUUCAACAUGUGCUAUUUUUAUAACAAUGAAUCCUGGUUAUGCUGGUAGAUCAGAAUUACCAGAUAAUCUUAAAGCAUUAUUUAGAUCAGUUGCUAUGAUGGUACCUGAUUAUGGUUUAAUUGCUGAAAAUACAUUGUAUUCAUAUGGUUUUUAUAAUGCUCGUCCAUUAUCAAUUAAAAUUGUCAUGGCUUAUCAGCUAUGCUCAGAACAAUUAUCAAGUCAAAGUCAUUAUGAUUAUGGUAUGAGAGCUGUUAAAUCCGUAUUAAUUGCUGCUGGUAAUCUUAAAUUAAAAUAUCCAAAUGAAAAUGAAGAUAUAUUAAUGCUAAGAAGCAUAAAAGAUGUUAAUUUACCAAAAUUUUUAAGUCAUGAUUUGCCAUUAUUUCAUGGUAUAGCAUCAGAUUUAUUUCCAAAUAUAAUAUUACCAGAAUCAGAUUAUAAAGAUCUUAAUUAUUGUAUAUUUGAAGCAUGUAAAAAAUCAAAUAUACAAUGUGUACCAUCAUUUCUUGAAAAAAUACAACAAAUAUAUGAAAUGAUGAUUGUAAGACAUGGUUUUAUGAUUGUUGGUUUUCCAUUUGGUGGUAAAACAACAGCAUAUAAAAUACUAGCCUCAGCACUUGAUAUUUGUGAAGAAAAAAAUUUAAUAAAUGAGCAUAAAGUUGAAAUGACAAUAAUUAAUCCAAAAUCAAUAACAAUGGGUCAACUUUAUGGACAAUUUGAUUUAGCAUCACAUGAAUGGAAUGAUGGUGUAUUGGCAAUUAGUUAUCGUACAUUUGCAACAUCAUUAAAUGCUAAUCGUAAAUGGUUAAUAUUUGAUGGUCCAAUUGAUGCAGUUUGGAUUGAAAAUAUGAAUACUGUACUUGAUGAUAAUAAAAAAUUAUGUUUAAUGAGUGGUGAAAUAAUUCAAUUAUCAAAAACAACAAAUUUAAUAUUUGAAACAAUGGAUUUAGAGGCAGCAUCACCAGCAACUGUAUCAAGAUGUGGUAUGGUUUAUAUGGAACCAGUUGCACUUGGUUGGGAGCCUAUUUUAAAAUCAUGGCUACAAACAAUGCCACCUAUAAUAUCAUCAUUUUUAAAAAAUCAUAUUUAUGAAUCAUUAUUUAUGCGUUUUUGUCGACCAUUAUUUUAUAUUUUACAUAAUGGUGGAUUCAAAAAAAUAUGUCCAAUGCCAGAUUCAAAUAUUUUACGUUCAAUAACAUAUCUUAUGGAUUGUUUUAUUGAUGAUUAUAGAGAAGAAGAAACAACAACAACAACAACAACAACAGAUGUAAAAGAAUCAUCAACAACAAUACCAAAUGAACUAGAUUUACGUGCACAAAUUGAAGGAUGUUUUUUUUUCUCUUGUAUAUGGGCAAUGGGUGGUACAAUUAUAACAAAUGAUCGUGAAAAAUUUAGUAUUUUAUUUCGUGGUCUAUUAGAAAAAGAAUUUCCAUCAAAUUUAAUAAGUAUAUUUCAAUUACCAGAACAACCUUUACCACCAAUUAAACCAUAUAUUUUUAUAAUGCCAAAAGAUGGCUUGGUAUUUGAUUAUAAAUUUAUAAAAGAAGGUAAAGGUAAAUGGAAAUUAUGGUCUGAUGAAUUAAUGAAUGCACCAUCAAUACCAAGAGAUGUACCAGUUAAUCAAAUAAUUGUACCAACAAUUGAAACAAUAAGAUAUACAACAUUAUUUCAACAUUUAGUACAACAUGGUAAACCAGUUCUAUUUGUUGGUCCAACUGGUACUGGAAAAUCAGUUUACAUUCAACAAUUUUUAUUAAAAAUUAUUGAUAAUAAAAUAUUUAAACCAUUGUUUAUUAAUUUCUCCGCACAAACAUCAGCAAAUCAAACUCAAGAUAUUAUUAUGAGUAAAAUGGAUAAAAGAAGAAAAGGAGUUUAUGGACCACCAAUUGGUAAAAAAUGGGUUGUAUUUAUUGAUGAUGUAUCAAUGCCUGUUAAAGAAAAUUAUGGUGCACAACCACCAAUUGAAUUAUUACGACAAUUAUUAGAUCAUUCACAGUGGUAUGAUAAAAAAGAAAAAACACCAAUAAAAAUUAUUGAAGUACAAUUAAUGUGUGCAAUGGGACCACCAUCAAGUGGUGGUAAAGAUGUUACACCAAGAUUUAAACGACAUUUUUUUACAUUAACAAUAUCUGAAUUUGAGGAUCAAGUUAUGACAACAAUAUUUAGUAAAAUUAUACUUUGGCAUUUGGAUACUCGUGGUUUUAGUAAAGAAUUUGAUCCAUGUAUUGAUCAAAUUGUUCUUGCAACACUUGAUAUUUAUCAAGAAAGUUUAAAAAAUCUUUUACCAACACCAUCAAAGUCACAUUAUAUAUUUAAUUUACGUGAUUUUUCAAGAGUCAUACAGGGUGUAUUAUUAUCAGUACCAGAAUCAAUGCCAACAUUGGCAAAUAUGAAAAGACUUUGGGUACAUGAAAUCCUACGAGUAUUUGGUGAUCGUCUUACUGAUGAUAAAGAUAUUAAUUGGCUUGUACAACAGCUACAUACAACUGUUGAAAAACGAAUGGAUGAUAAUUUUGAUGAACUUUUUCAAGAUUUAAAAAAUAAAGACAGCUCGUUUAUUGGUGAUAAUGAACUUCGUAAACUUGUUUAUUGUGAUUUUGCUGAUCCAAAAGCAGAUGUUAGACUAUAUCAAGAAAUACCAGAUCUUGAAUUACUAAGAUCAAUUGUUGAGGGUUAUCUUGUUGAGUAUAAUUCAAUGACAAAAAAACCAAUGAAUUUAGUAUUAUUUAGAUUUGCUAUUGAACAUUUAUCAAAAAUAUCAAGAAUAAUAAAACAACCAAGAAGUCAUGCAUUGUUAGUUGGUGUUGGUGGUUCUGGACGACAAUCAUUAACAAGAUUAGCAUCACAUAUUUGUGAGUAUGAUUUAUUUCAAGUUGAAAUUAGUAAACAAUAUGGAAUGCAUGAAUGGCAUGAAGAUUUAAAAAUGAUAUUAAGAAAAACAACAUCAACUGAAUUACAUUCAACAUUUUUAUUUACUGAUAGUCAAUUGAAGGAAGAAAUUUUUUUAGAAGAUAUUAGUAAUAUGUUAAAUUCAGGUGAGGUACCAAAUUUAUUUAAUGCUGAAGAAAAAGCUGAAAUAUGUGAAAAAAUGCGACAAAUUGAUCGUCAAAAAGAAAGAAAUAUGCAAACAGAUGGUAGUCUUGUUGCAUUAUUUAAUUUAUUUGUACAAACAGCACGUGAACAAUUACAUAUUGUUGUUGCAAUGUCACCAAUUGGUGAUGAUUUUAGAAAUAGAAUACGUACAUUUCCAGCUCUUGUUAAUUGUUGUACAAUUGAUUGGCUUCAAUCAUGGCCAGAAGAUGCAUUAUUAGCUGUUGCAACAAGAUUUUUAAGUGAAAUUGAAUUGUCUGUUAUUGAAAAAAAUGCUGGUAUUAAUAUGUGUCAAUAUUUUCAUAUAUCAACACAACAAUUAAGUGAUGAAUUCUUCAUACGUCUUGGUAGAAAAAAUUAUGUUACACCAACGUCAUAUCUUGAAAUGAUAAAUACAUUUAAAGAACUAUUAAAUAAAAAAAGAAAAGACAUAACAUUAGCUAAAAUGAGAUAUGAGGGUGGCUUAGAUCGCCUUGAUUCAACUCAGCAUCAAGUUACAGAAAUGCAAGAAACAUUAACAAAUUUACAGCCUUUGUUGGUAACAGCUGCACAAGAUGUACAAAAAAUAUUAAUGACUAUUGAAAAAGAAAGUUAUGAAGUUGCUGAAGUUGAAAAAAUCGUUAAAAUUGAUGAAGAAGCUGCUAUGAAAGUUGCUGAUGCAGCUGCUGAAAUAAAAUUAGAGUGUGAUGCAAAUCUUGCUGAGGCAAUGCCAAUAUUAAAUAAAGCACAAGCAGCAUUAAAUACACUAACAACUGCUGAUAUAUCAAUUGUUAAAACAAUGAAAAAUCCACCAGCAAAUGUUAAGCUAGUUAUGGAAGCAAUAUGUAUUUUAAAAGAAGUAAAAUCAGAAAAAAUACAAACAGCUGAUGGAAAAAAUAUUGAUGAUUAUUGGAAGCCAUCAUUAAAAGUUCUUAGUGAUGCAAAAUUCUUGGAUUCACUUGUUCAUUAUGAUAAAGAUAAUAUUCCUGAAAGAGUAAUAGAAAAAAUAAGAAAAGAAUAUUUAAAAAAUCCAAAUUUUGAUCCUGAUAAAAUAAAAUCAUCAUCAACUGCUUGUGAGGGACUUUGUAAAUGGGUAUUUGCAAUAUCAGAUUAUGAUAAAGUUGCCAAAGUUGUUGCUCCAAAAAAAAAGGCACUUGCUGAGGCUCAAGAAACUUAUAAUGCUGCUAUGGAAAAAUUAGAUGCCAAACGAACACAAUUAGCUGAGAUUCAGGCUAAAUUAGCUGCGUUAGAAUCAAAUUUAGUAGCUAAAAAAACUGACUAUCAAAGUAUGAUAGAUAAAGUAGCUGAUUGCGAGCAAAAAUUAAAACGCGCUGAAGAACUUAUUGGUGGUCUCGGAGGUGAAUACACAAGGUGGUCUGAAAGUGCAAAAAAUUUGGGUGAAAAAUAUGACUGUUUAACUGGUGAUGUUAUUAUCUCUGCUGGAAUAGUAUCUUACCUCGGUGUAUUUACAACAAUAUUUCGUAUAAAACAAAUUAAAAAAUGGAUCGAAAGAUGCAACAGUUUAAAUAUAAUAUGUACACAAAAUUUUUCAUUAAAAGAAGUUUUGGGUGAUCCAGUAUCAAUAAGAUCAUGGACAAUUUAUGGAUUACCAAGUGAUUUAUUUUCCAUUGAUAAUGGUAUUAUUAUAAAAAAUUCAAGAAGAUGGCCAUUGAUGAUAGAUCCUCAAGGACAAGCAAACAAAUGGAUUAAAAAUAUGGAAAAACAAAAUAAUAUUAAUAUCAUAAGACUAAGUCAAACAGAUUAUCCAAGAGUACUUGAAAAUGCAAUACAAUUUGGACAACCAGUUUUAUUAGAAAAUAUUGGACAAGAACUUGAUGCAAUGCUUGAGCCAAUAUUAUUAAAACAAACAUUUAAACAAGGUGGUGCAAUGUGUAUUAAACUUGGUGAUAAUGUUAUUGAAUUUAAUUCGGAAUUUCGUUUUUAUAUAACAACAAAAUUACAAAAUCCUCAUUAUUUACCUGAAAUUGCUGUUAAAGUAACAUUAUUAAAUUUUGUUAUAACACCUGAUGGUUUAACUGAUCAAUUAUUAGGUAUUGUUGUUGCAAAAGAAAGACCAGAUCUUGAAUCAGAAAAAAAUUCAUUAAUUAUACAAGGUGCUAUUAAUAAAAAAUUACUAAAAGAAACAGAAGAUAAAAUAUUAGAAGUAUUAUCAAUAUCUGAAGGUAAUAUUUUAGAAGAUGAAGAAGCAAUUAGUGUUCUCACAUCAUCAAAGCUAUUAAGCAAUGAUAUACAAGCAAAACAAUCAACUGGCGAAAUUACUGAAAAAGCCAUUGACAUAACAAGACUUCAAUAUUCAACAAUUGCUGAAUAUUCAACAGUUUUAUUUUUUACAAUUUCUGUAUUAGCUAAUAUUGAUCCGAUGUAUCAAUAUUCACUUGUUUGGUUUGUUAAUUUAUUUAAAAUGUCUAUUGACAAUACUGGACAAGCUGAAAGUAUUGAUAUACGUUUAAAUGAUUUAAAAAAACAUUUUACAUAUUCACUUUAUGCUAAUGUAUGUAGAUCAUUGUUUGAAAAAGAUAAAUUAUUAUUUUCAAUGUUAUUGGCUGUUAAUAUUAUGGAUAAACUUGGUGAUGGAAUACCAAAAAUACAAUGGAUGUUUUUAUUAACUGGUGGUGUUGGAUUGGAUAAUCCACAUGUUAAUCCAUUAAAUUGGUUGCCAAAAAAACAAUGGGAUGAAUUGUGUCGACUCGAUGAAAUUGAUAUUUACAAGGGAAUUCAAAUGUCAUUUGCUGAAAAUCAAAUUUGGAAAGAAAUAUUUGACUCAAAAGAACCACAAACUAUUGAAUUACCAUCACCGUAUGAUAAAUUAAAUAAAUUUCAAAAAUUAUUAAUAUUAAAAUGCAUUAGACCAGAUAAAAUGAUACCAGCUGUACAAAAUUUUGUUGAAUAUGAACUUGGUGGACAAUUUAUUGAUCCUCCACCUUUUGAUUUAUCAUCUUCUUAUAAUGAUUCAAAUGCUGCAAUACCAUUGAUAUUUAUACUAACACCAGGAGCUGAUCCAGCACAAGUAUUAUUAAAAUUUGCUGAUGAUCAAGGCUAUGGAUCAAGUAAAUUAUUUUCAUUAUCAUUGGGACAAGGACAAGGACCAAUUGCUGAAGAACUUAUAAAUAAUGGUGUUAAAUAUGGUUAUUGGAUUGUAUUACAAAAUUGUCAUUUAGCUAAAAGUUGGAUGUCAACAUUAGAAAAAAUAUGUGAAGGGCUAAUACCAGAUACAAUUCAUCCUGAUUUUCGUCUUUGGUUAACAAGUUAUCCAGCAGAACAUUUUCCAGUAACUGUAUUACAAAAUAGUAUCAAAAUGACAAAUGAACCACCAAAAGGAUUACGUUCAAAUAUUAUGAGAUCAUAUCUUAGUGAUCCAAUUUGUGAAACUGAUUUUUUUGAAUCUUGUAAUCAACCACAUGUAUUUAAAAAACUUUUAUAUUCAUUAUGUUUUUUUCAUGCAAUUGUACAAGAGAGAAGAAAAUUUGGUCCAAUUGGAUGGAAUACACCAUAUGAAUUUAAUGAAACUGAUUUACGUAUAUCAGUAUUACAAUUAAAUAUAUUUUUAAAUCAAUAUGAUGAUAUACAAUUUGAAGCAUUAAAAUAUUUAACUGGUGAAUGUAAUUAUGGUGGUAGAGUUACUGAUUCAUGGGAUCGAAGAACAUUAAAUACAAUAUUAGCUAAAUAUUUUUGCCAGCAAGUUGUUGAUGAUGAAAAAUAUUUAUUUGAUGAUAUGUCAGAUAUUUAUUAUUGUCCAGGUGCAAAUGAGUAUGAAGCUUAUAUGGAUUACACGAAAAAAUUACCUUUGAUAACAUCACCAAGUGUUUUUGGAAUGAAUGACAAUGCUGAUAUUAUUAAAGAUCAACAAGAAACUGAUUUAUUAUUUUCAUCAUUGCUAUUAACUGAGGAUCGACUGGAUUUAUGGAAUUUUGAGGAAACUAGUAAAUCAACAGAAAGUGGACAAGCAUCACCUGAUGAAGUUGUAUUUUCAGUUGCAAAUGAUAUCUUGAGUAAGCUACCAAGUGAUUUUGAUCUUGUUCAAGCUUUAGAAAAAUAUCCAACUCUGUACAAUCAAAGUAUGAAUACUGUUUUGGUACAAGAAAUGGGCAGAUUUAAUAAAUUACUUGGCUGUAUCAGGAGCAGUCUGAUCAACGUACAAAAAGCCAUUAAAGGAUUAAUUGUAAUGUCAGAAGAACUUGAAGAAGUUGCCGAAGCUAUUUUAACUGGAAAAAUAUCAAAUUUGUGGAAAAAAAAAUCUUAUCCAUCUCUCAAGCCAUUGGGAAGUUAUAUCAAUGAUUUUUUACAACGUUUAAAUUUUCUUCAGAAAUGGUUUGAAGAGGGACCACCUUCAACAUAUUGGAUUUCUGGUUUUUUUUUUACUCAGGCAUUUUUAACUGGUGCUCGACAAAAUUUCGCGAGAAAAUAUCAAAUUCCAAUAGAUCUUCUUGUUUAUGAUUUUGUGGUACUUGAGUCAACAGCUAGCUCAAUGAAAGCUCCAGAUGAUGGUGUUUAUGUUUAUGGUAUUUAUUUAGAUGGAGCUCGUUUCAAUCGUGAUGAAAUGAUUAUUGAUGAGAGUUUACCAAAAAUACUCUAUGAUCAAGUGCCUCAUAUUUGGCUGGUACCAAUGAAAAAACAAGAUUUACCAAAACGACAAACUUACGAGUGUCCAUUGUAUAAAACAAGUGAAAGAAGAGGUGUACUAUCGACAACUGGACACUCGACAAAUUUUGUUAUUGCUAUUAAAUUACCAACAAUUAAACCAGCUGAACACUGGGUUAUUCGUGGUGUUGCAAUGCUUUGUCAACUUUCUCAAUAAAAUAAGACGAAAUGAAUCAAUACGUGUUAACU